UCUGAGAAAUCCACGAUGGAGUUAUCCGAUCUUCCGAACGAGAUUUUAGGUAAAAUCUUCACCUUUCUUCCGGUGGAUGAGCUCGUCCUUGCGGCCCGUGUGUGCACCGCGUGGAGCAGCGUAAUUCGUACCUUUAUCCUGCCAAAGCAUGCCACGCUCCACGUUCGUCCCAUUCAUCCUGUUACGCAUCAGCUGGUUGCCAUGGAAACCGUCCUGGCGGCGCAAUCUGUUCACCCAUUCCCUAAAUCCAACCUGAAGCUCACCAUCGCGAACUAGCAGCUUGCGCAGCGGGCCGAAUUUGGGCAGUUUUUUCAGCUGCAAGGACACGCGUUAAAAUCGCUCACACUUCAGUGCACGCAGCUGAUGGCGGAAUUAUUGGAAGUGUUUACAACGCUCUCCAAUCUCGAACGGUUGUGCAUCAUCAGUGAAUCGGAAUCCCCGUACGGUUCGAUUCCCGCUAACGUUCAAACGGCCCUUACGUCGCUAAAAUCGCUCAAACACCUCAAGUUGCACCUGCCCUCGUACGGAUUGCUGCGCAAUCUUAGUUUCCUUGGCGGAGCGAAGCUCGUGUCGCUAUCCUUUGAACGGUUCGAGAUGGAGCUGCAUCACCUGAAGCAACUGCUCGACGACCACCACAGGACACUCCGUGAGCUGACCGUUCGGGUGGAGGAAAUGAAACCGCUCCUGGCGCUGUUGAACUCGUACACCGGGAUGGAACUGUACAAGCUCAACCUGAAAAGCGCCGGAAAUGAGGACGAUUUUUCCGAUGGCCUAAUACUGCUGUUCGAAAAGCAACCGCAGCUUCGGUCACUUACGAUCGGCUCGGAACUGUCACUGCGAGCCGUUGAUGCACUGCCCAAGAAGCUGCUCUACCUGCAAGAGCUGGAGCUUAUCGCGGAAAGCAUCAACAACUGCAGGGCACUCGGGGAACUGCGGCAUCUGCGGCGACUGACGAUGUGCCUGUACGAUGUCCGCGCUUGGGACGAGACGGUGCAGAUUGACGGUGUAACAGAGCUGUCGCUGGCCGUCACCUUCCCACUUAUUUCGCCGGCCAUAUUUUGUUCCUUUCCCAACCUGCACCGGUUGUACCUGGAGGACGUGGAUGACGAUUCGCUGAUGCGGGACAUCGUCGUCGUACGCACGCUGAUGGAAAGCAUGCGGAACGUGCGCAUCCUGGAUCUGGAGAACUUCGUGUUUAAGGAACGCGAGAUCCUCAACGACGGUGUGCUGCGAUUCGAGGAAAUGGACCGCUUGGAGUGUCUAAAGUACAGCUGUCGUGACAUGUCCGAUGCCUCGCUGUUGACGCUGAACCUUCCAAACCUACGAGAACUGUAUCUCACGCAUUGUCCGCACGUAACGACCAAAGGUGUGGCUUCGUUAGUACGCAACUGUCCCCUGCUCGAGCGGCUUCACUUCGAAUCGAACAAACGGGGCUUCGAGGACGACGGACUGGAGUUGAUCACACGCAAGUUGACCCGUCUGCGGGCGCUGGUUCUGGUAAACCUUCGUGCCCUCACCAACGCGUCCGUUGAUGCAAUCGUUGCCAAUUGCUUCAAUCUCUUGGAUAUAACCAUAUCGCAUUGUGUUGGAAUCAAGCUGGAGAAGGCGCAAGCCAUUGAGAUGCUGUCGUCGGUGAAGUCGUUGAAGAACUUAAUCUAUAGCUAAGCGAGCAGAACCCUGUUAGUGAUAAGCGAAAUGCAAAAGUAUUCUACAUGCAUCCAUGACAUGCACGAUAGCUUCAUGCACUUGCU